AUGGCGGGCACCCUUGCCCUAAUCUUCACCCUCGUCGCUGGCUCCCUCGCCGGCGUCCUCCCAAUCCGCAGCGAUACAAAAUUGACCAACGUCACCCUACCCCAGGGAGUCACAUACAACCAGAAUACGCAUUUACUCUGCAGCCCCACAACAUGGACCGACGUUGCGACGUUUUUUCUGGGCAACUACAUAUCCCACGCGGCGACAGUCAUCGCCUUCCCCGGUGAACCAUGGCACGUCGUAACACUAAACAUGCUCCUCGCCAUCCUCUUCCCAGGUAUGGGCGCGGCGCGCGGACUGCUUGCGAUUAUUCGGCACGCGGCGCUGUGCAAGGAUCCAAUACAGAGGGCGCUGCGUUCGCGGGCGAUGUGUAUGGUAGUGCGCUCAAAGGAGUGGAGGCCGAGUUCGGGUCAAAAGGUGCAUUCAUUGUCGUUUUUGUCGGCGACCUUGCGGGGGAAGAAGGAGGAUGAAGAGGAUGAGGAUUUUCGGGCGCAUAAUCUUAUCUGUGAGUCAAUGAUACAAGGUUCGAUUUGA